UUAAACAAAUAAAAUUAAAAUUUUUUUUGUCUUUUAAGAAAAAUGGAAACAAAAGAAGAAACUCCUCCCUCCCCCUCUUUUUCUUUGUCAGAAUUUUUUUCUGACAAAAUAGAAAAUUUUAAAAACUUUUUUGAAACAAAAUUUAACGCGAUGAAUGCAUGUUCGGCAGCAAUGUAUAUAUUGGCUGUAACUUGUGUAAUAAUUAAUUUAUAUGUAUUGCUUGAUCGUUCGAUCGAAACUAUUCACUAUCUGAGGAUAUAUCAUUUGGCUGUUUGUUCAUUAAUGUUCUCUUGUGGACUCCUUCAACUAGCUUUUAUGUGGAAAGCACAAUGCGGGGAUUUUGACAAAUUAGCAAGGCCCCACACAAUUCCCCGGCCAACAAUGAUUUCUGCAUUUGCCCUAACUGCUGGGAUUGCUUUAGGAUAUGCCUAUUUUCUUAUUUUUAAUAUUGCCUUUCGAAAUUGUGACAAAUUGUUUGACGCAGCUGGGGCCGAAGAACAAUGGCAGGAAGCCCUCUACGAUCUUUUAAUGAUUUCUUUUUGUGUUCUUUCACUAAUUUAUAUCUUUCAAAGAUCUUAUUAUGGCUCUCAAAAUACAAAUUUCGAUUUAAUUACCAGAAAAUGGGUUAAUAUUGUUUUGACUAUUGUAUGGGUCAAAAUUGUGAUUUUUAAAGGAUAUUUGAGUUAUCAAGAACUUUGUCAACGCAGUGAAAUAUCUGGAUAUUGGUGCCCAGUAAUUAGACGUUCAUAUACUUGCGAUCCCGAGACAAAAUUAAAAGGAACACAAAAAACAUGGUAUUAUAUGCACAAAGGAUUGUUAAAUUCUGCAAUAAUUUCGUGUGCCUCAGAAUUUUUUCCAGUAAUGUUAGUAGCUCAUUGGUUAGCUUGUGGACGGGCAGAGCAAAGAGCUGAUGAGCUUAUAAGGAGGAGACAAGAAAAGAAAAGUGUUAGAAGAAUGCUUCAAGGAAUGAUUGGAGAUGUUUCAAAAAUUUAUGGAUUAGACCCGACAGCCCAAAUUAGACGACAACUUCCACCUCUCAAUUUACCCACAAUUUUAAUUGCUUCACUUGUAAUACUUGGGUGUAUUACUGCUUUUUUGGCUAGUCUUCGUUGGUUUGUAGGCCUCUAUUUUGCUAUUCUUUUUGGUAAGCAAAAUAAUAAAAAUCAGAAUUAUUGUAAGACAGAAAUCAGAAUUAUGUAUUUUUUAUUCAAAAAUAAUUUUUUUGAAUUUAUUUAA